UUUUUUUUCCUCGUAUUAAGGAAGAAAAAAAAAAACAUCUAAUAAUAAUAAUACCACGGUCGCGCGUGCAAUACCGUCGGACGCGGCCGUCGAAACGCGCCGACACGAUCCCGGACGACCAAACGAGAGAACCCAGUACGUUCGUAAUUACCGUCCGCCGAAGACGAGCUCCGCCGUCGUAUCCGUGCCGGUGGUUGUUCUCCCUCUUUGGCGUGUGAUGUGCCGGUGACUACGCAAACACUCGUAAUGUAAAUGUGCACCGCCGAGUUUCUCCGAUUUAAAUUCGUCUAAAACGCUAAAACGUCGGUGGGCCGGGGACGCGUUAAUGUUUAGUUUCCGCCGCGGUAUUGUCCAGCAAAGAAAUAAAAAAAGUAAAGACGCCCUCGAUGGGAUUCAAAACUGAUGGGACUUCGAAGUUCAUCGCUUGCGAAAAAACACGACGAUACAUUAACUUGGGUACUACACAAAAGAGACCCAUCUCAACAAGAAUCUAAUCAGAGGUCUCAUGAAUCGGAAAAUGAUGACAUACUCGUCAGAAAAUCUUACGCUGGUCCGACGGCAUCCGAGUACCAAGGAAAAAGGAUGUACACCGACCACGUUCAAAGGACGAGGAGGAGUCACAUCCACUCAAAUAUAUUAGACUAUGUCAAACCCGAGCCGACUUACGGCUACGGCAUAACUGAUCUAGACGAUUUCCUCUCAAAAGCGUCCAUCGGCCGGCCGGGCAACAUACCCAUGGUGCUGUGCACGGGGUGUCUGCUGUACCAGACGCAGCUGGACGACCAUUACCAGACGGAGGUGGCGUUGCCGUUGGGCAUGGUGGUGAACGCGGUGUUCAAGAACGAGCAGUGGCUGUACGUGCAGACGCCGCACGCCGAGGAGGGUUACAUACCGUACGGCAGCUGCCUGCCGUUGGGCAUCGUGCCGCCGCCCGACACCGUUCAGGCCCCGUGCUGGGAGACCCAGUCCGACGUGUUCCCCCGGCCGGUCGGCGACCGCCGCCGCCUCGGCCACCACAGGCACCGGCAGCACCACCAUCACCAGCGCCGUCGGUCGGACGGCCACCGUGGCCGCGCGCCGGCAGCGCGACUCCCGUCUGAUGGUAAAGGUUUCAGCGGCGGCGGCGACGAUCCGGACGACGCGCAGUGCGACGUGGCCGCGUUACUGUUACACCGCGGCCAUUGCGCGCGGCCGCCGCUGGACGACUAUCACUCGGUCGUCGACGAGCACGACGGCGGCUGGCGCCAGUGGUCGUGGACGGACGGCCGAGCGAAAACAGCCGUCAACUCGAUCACCGGUUACGGGUAUUUGUGACCAUUACGUGUACAGCAACGAAAAAUCGCACCAAAAAGAUUAAUGAAUACUUAUGCAAUAUUAUUUUCUAAAGUUUAAUCUGUGUUCUGUUUACCAAAAAAAAAAAAAAAAAAAAAUAUAAUAAAUACGUGGUAAUAAUUCAGUAUUGUUUAUAUUAAUAUACGUUACCGUCAAUGUUCGGGUAAUGAAUAGGCGAUGUCAGUAUUGACAUUCAGUUGCGAGCAAUCGGUGAAUGUUUCCGAUCGUAACUGAUAAGUUUGGUAAAUGUAGUUUUUCGGCUAUCGAUUUGUGGCUAAUAAAAUUUUAUACUUCA